UAAAAAAUUCUUCGACAUGUUAGAUGCUGCUGAUAGACAAUUAUGGUCUGGUUGUGAAAAGUUGACACAAUUAUCUGCUGUGGCUCGAUUGCUAAACAUAAAGACAGAAUAUCGUCUGCUAGAGCAAUGCUUUGGUGCAUUUUGUCAAUUGUUUAAGGAUGGUUUACCUGAAGACAAUAACAUGGUUGAUAGUUUUUACCAGACAAAGAAACUAAUACAAGGGCUUGGACUACCAGUGGAGAAAAUUGAUUGUUGUAGGUUGGGGUGUAUGCUGUAUUGGGGUGAUGAUAAGGAGUUAACCCAAUGCAAAUUGUGUCAGCAACCAAGGUUGACUAACUCAGAUGUAUGUGCAAGCAAGAUUACUAAGUUGUUCAAAGAACGAAUAGAUCCCAAUGUUUAUGCAUGGGGACAACUUAGUGUUGAGACAGUUCAAUUUUAUUGGGAAGAAUUCAAGAAAUUUUUAGAGUGGGAUGCUACAAAAGAUGCUUUAUUGUAUAAUGCUUGGGAGAUAAAGGCUAAAAGAAGAUAUGCUGAUUACAUAAGCAGAAUAAGGAAAAAGCCAAGACCUUCCUAUGUCCCACCAGAAAUAUGGACAAAAUAGAAUGAUGUUUGGAAUUCUGA